AGCAUUUAAAUGGAUUCACAAUGUUUACAAUUUUAAAUUGAUCAUUUCAAGUGAUUUAAUUACUUAUUAGAAUUAAAAACCUCCAGAGUUUAUUAACUUUUGUUUGUAAAAGCAAAUUCUUCUUUAAUUGAACAUCUUAAUUACGUUCCAAGUCUUUCUACAUUAUCUUGUAUCAAAUGGAUUAUCAAAUUUCAACUCGUUGUUUCGCCAAAAUCAUGAUGCAUUCAUUGAAAUAUCCUUAUUAUACAAUUAAUGGUGUUCUUUUGGGCGAGAAAAGAACCAAAAAGGAUAAAUCUAGUUAUUAUUAUAUUGUCGAUUGUAUUCCGUUGUUUCAUAUGGCCCAUGGAUUAACACCUUGCAUGGAAAUUGCUUUGCUUCAGGUUGCUAGUUAUUGCAGUGAGGUAAAUUUAACUAUUGCUGGUUAUUAUCAAGCCAACAAAGAUUAUUAUGAUUCAUCACCGGACUUUUUUGCUUCUAAAAUUGGUGAGAAAAUUUGGGAAAACAACAAUGAUGCGAUCAUUUUAAUGGUCAAUAGCUUUGGAAUUAAUUUCAACAAAGACUUUGAGGAUCCUAGUGAAAUAAAUAAUACUUUGCAUGUUUAUCAUUUCAUUGAAAAUAAAUGGAAAAACAAAUCAAAUGGCUCUAUUGAAAAGCCAGAAGUUUCGUUGGAGGUGAUUCGUAAUUUAGUCGUAAAGAAACAAGUACAUUUGAGAUUGGAGGAUUUCGAUAACCAUCUAGAUGAUGUUCAAUGUGAUUGGAGAAACAAAUCAAUAAAUCAGGAGAUUGAGAAAAUUCAAGCAUAGUAAACAAAUCAUCAAGUCAAUCUUAACAAAUGAAUCGAUAUUGGAACUUACACUUUUCUAUGAAACUAUUGGACUUAAAUCACCAGAGUACAUUAUCCAUUUUUUUCUCUGAAAUAAAAAAAUUGAUUACCAAAAUUUUCAUAUCAGAAAAACUCUUAUGAAUGCUAAUAUUUGGUAACUAACCGACAGAA